GAGUAGAGUGGGAGGAGGGAGAGUUGAGGACAAAUGCUAGCAUCAGUGGCACAGGCAGAAUGAGAGAGAGCAGGGAACGGAAUUAUGUGGAGGAGGACUUUAUUAAAAAGUGAGAGAGAGCAGCUGAAAGAGGAGGGCAGAGAGAGAGAGAAAUGCUGUUGCCACGGAAGAGUGUGGAUGAAGAAUCAUCCAUCUUUAACAGCUUGUGAGGGAUAAACGUAUAUGAAAAACUAGGGACGUAGGCAGGAAUAAACGCUCAUAGAAGACAAAACCAACCAGAUCAUACUACCACAGGCUGUGUAUUGUAACUCCAGUCGAUCAGAUUCACACGAAGAAGAGAGAGAGGAAGAAUAUGUGGGAAUCAGGCAGGUGAGAUUACAUAAUCCCCCAUCACACAGCGUCCACAGCCAUGAUGUCAUCACAGCGGGAUUAGAGCGCCUGCCUGGGCAUUACAGCUGAGGACGGGGUGUGUGUGUGUGUGUGUGAGAACUCUGAAGAAGAUGGAGAGGAGAUCCAGCUAUGAAUGAAGGGCCACAGAUGGAUCAUCACAACACAACCUGGGUUACGUGGAGAGUAAUGUUUAUUCCCACCACAACUGGACAAGAUGAGAAACUGUUGUUUUAGGAGUAGGGAGCUCUGCUGAACAGAACAGAACAGACUGUAGUUCUUACCCACCCACUCUCACCAGGAAGCACCACAUCUGGUCCACAGGGAGCCAUUCUCUGCCUGCAGCGGUCCCAAACUCCCAGGGUUGGCGCUGAGACGAACAGGGUUGGAGUGGUGACACCCAGGGCUGGAGCCUGGACCAGAGCCCCUGGUUGGCACAGAUAGCAUGCUUCACCUGACCUCACCUGGUCUCAUCACCUAGCAUUACCUGUGGAUUGUCCUGGGCUUCCCUGACUACAGGGAGGAGGAAGAGGAAGUCACUGCCUUACAGAAGAAGAAAAACAGAGACAUUCAGAGUCAGCUACAGGAGACAGAGAACUUCCUGUUGAAUUGACCCUAGGGCCCAGGCUGAUUGGAGGAUGGGAACGGCAGAGGUCAUGUCAGAGGUCACGGCACGCAUGGACAGCAUGGAGGUCAAGGACGAGUGGCAGGACGAAGACUUCCCCAGGCCUCUACCAGAAGAUGGAGACAUGGAGGACAGGGGGCUCACUGACAACACGACAACUCCCCCUAACACCCUGAACGUUGGUGUUUGGGGUGAGUCGUCGGCCCUGCGUAAGCGCCGUAUGCUGGUAGCCCCGGACAUGAACAUGUCAUUGGACCAGAGCGAGGGUUCCGUCAUGUCAGAUGACUUCUUAGGUAACCCUGACGACCUGGAUGUCAACGUGGACGACAUGGACACGCCCGACGACAACGACUCCUUGGAGUUUAUCACCAACGGCAACGAGCUAGAGUGGGAAGACGACACUCCUAUAGUGAGUUCCAAGGGUCUGCCUGGAGGCCAGACAGAGGAGGAGGAGGAGGCAGGCAGACUGUGGAGGACAGUGAUCAUAGGAGACCAGGAACAGAGGAUAGACAUGGCUGUCAUCAGACCAUACCUGCGGGUGGUCACACAUGGAGGUUACUACGGUGAGGGUCUGAAUGCCAUCAUAGUGUUUGCGGCGUGUUACCUGCCAGAGAGCAGCUGUGAGGACUACACUUACAUCAUGGAGAACCUCUUCCUCUAUGUGAUCAGUAGCCUGGAGUUGUUAGUGGCUGAGGACUACAUGAUUAUCUAUCUGAACGGAGCUACGCCUCGCAGGAGGAUGCCUGGUAUCAGCUGGCUAAAGAGGUGCUACCACACCAUCAACAGGAGGUUGAAGAAGAAUCUGAAGUGGCUGGUCAUUGCUCACCCAUCCUGGUUCAUCCGUACAGUCCUGGCCAUCUCCAGACCCUUCAUCAGUGUGAAGUUCCUGGAUAAGAUCCGUUAUGUUCACACAUUGGAUGAGUUGAGCCAGCUGAUUCCUAUGGACCACAUACAGAUCCCAGAAUGUGUCCUGCAAUAUGAUGACCAGAAGAUGACAGCACAAAAAGAAAGGCAGGAGAUGGAGCAUACCAAGUCUGCACCCCCCACAGAAAGGUAAAACAAGAAUUCACAACCCUGCUGAGGAUUCAUGAGGAUAAUGUCUAUCAAUACAGGGUAAAAGACUUCUUGGCUGAAGAUAAAGGACUGAUGGAGAAAUGAUGAGGACUGGUGUGUGGGUAAAGAGGGCUCCUGACAUUACAUCAACAUCAUCCUACCUUGUCUUACUUUCCACACAGCAGAUACCCUGGUCUGUCUGUCCCAUGGAUUAACCCUCCCUGGCACAUAGCAUGACCCCUGUCUCAUGGAAUAAACCUACCCUGGCAGAUAGCCUGACCUCUGUCCCAUGGAAUAAACCUACCCUGGCACAUAGCCUGACCUCUGUCCCAUGGAAUAAACCUACCCUGGCACAUAGCCUGACCUCUGUCCCAUGGAAUAAACCUACCCUGGCAGAUAGCCUGACCUCUGUCCCAUGGAAUAAACCUACCCUGGCAGAUAGCCUCUCUUCCACUUACCAUUUCUCCUUGCAUGAAUAAAUCAGCUGUGAUCUAGCCUACUGCAUGAUGGACAUGCAUUGGCCUGAUGCAAGACGGCUGGAUGAACUCUGUUAAAUGUGUUUAUUUCCUUCAAAGGGACAAGAACAGUCUUUGGUUGGUACAAGCCAGCUGUACAUAGUUGUAAUAACAUUGUAAUAAUGUAAUGUAUUAACAUUGUUGUAAUACAAGUAUGGAGGUAUAUGUGUGCAACAAGCAAUAAUGUUUGAUAAAAGUGUUUUGGUUAUCUUUUUUCUUCAAUGUAUAAAUUCUAAUGUUUUUAAAUAAUGUGCAAUAAGCAGUUCCUCUUCUGAACUGACCAAAUUAAUUCAGAGGUUGUUACUACUGUAACGAAUGAAAUAUGUUUUAGCUUUCUCUAUUGCUCCUUUGGGUGUUGUUGUGUUUUCUGAAGGUUACUAGACAGAUGGCAUGCUGGUUAAAAUUUUCUUCCUCAUCAUCUGGGAUAAAAAAAAAAUAGCCUCGGUAAAAAAAAAAUAGCCUGGGUACCAGUCUGUUUCUGUUAUCAUUUCACGCCUCGCCACUUCUUGUCAUGCCAUGUUUGGAGUGGCAAGGAAUGGAAUGAUAGUACAGACUGGUACACAGGAUAGAUCAAAACAUUACUGAUGAUCUUAGUUUCCUGUUUUAUUGAUGAUCUGUCUCAAUUCCUCUAUUUCCUCGUAGAGAUCUUACUUUACAUUAAUCUAUUGUUACACAUAUGAUGCAAUGCAUUUAAAGAACCUAAUUAACUGUUUAAAUUAUGUGAACUUAUAUAUUAGUAUGUGCUGUUCAUUGUUUGUAAUAAAAUUUUGUUGGAAAUAUCGAA